AUGCGAUAUCUUUUGUGUUUGACCAUUUUGGUUGCUAAUUUUCUGGAUUCCUUUUCUCUAUGCCUUGAUAGGUCUGCUUGUGCAUUUAUAUCUAGCAAUAGAUGCUCUUUUAACCUAUUCCUUGGCGCUGAAUCGUCUUUUUGUACUUCUUCUCGGACAUUCAGGGGCAAAGCUAGGCAUAAUGAGCCUUUUCUUUGCGCUGCUCCGAGGAAUCUCCCCGGAAGGUUUUCUCAAGGUGACGAUGGAGGCCAAGAGGAGGACUGCGGGGACCUUUCUGGACAAUUAAACGAAGACUAUGAUGAAGAAGAUGGUUAUUCUCAGUCAGAAAUUGAGGAUAGUGACGCAGAAGAUAAGCCAAAAAAGAAGAGGAAGGUCGGUAAAACCAUUAAAGACAACUACAGCGAGGUCUACAAAAAGAUACUAAAUAGUCCAUCAAGGUUCAGUGGUCCUAGUUAUUCGCAAAGAGAGUAUGGAGAAGAGUUACCUGAAGGAUCCAAGGUACUAUUUGACUUUUUACCUUAUCCGAGAAACUAUGACUUUUAUGGAGCUGCCAGACUUUCUUCUGGCGUCCAAGACUAUUAUGAUCCUGACGGAAGUAAGGAGGCACAAUAUGAGGAAGAUGUAAAAGAAAGAGCAGAGGGUGGAGAUCGUUUUCACGGUCCCUUUCCAAAAUCAGCCUACUAUAGCAUUGAUGGUGUGGAUAGGCCAGAUAAGAGAAUAAGGACUACUCUAGAAGCUGGCGAUAUUGAUGUCGAUCCAGAAGAUAUGUUUGAUAUUAUGGUAAAUAAGAACGUGGAUCCACCAAAGAUAAAACCAGUUAUGCAAAAGCCUAGUCAGGAUGAUGAAAAUGAAGCUGAUGAGUUCCCAGAGACAAGACUGGGACCUCCAGACAAUGUGCCUAUGCAAAAUAUUGAUCCAGGCCACUUUCUGUUCGAUGAUGAUGGACACAUCCAACAUUACCUAAAAUACCUAAACCGCUACGACUAUAAAACAUUCAGUUUCCAUCACAAGGAUCCAACCAGAUUGGAAUAUUACCUGAACAACGAUUACAUUGACAGGAUUGAAAAGCCAUUCCCACCACCUGAAACAAGCUCUGAAAGAGUGAGAAAGUAUUUUAUGGGUAUGGUACCAUCGCUUAUGGACGAAUUGGUUGUCAAGAUUAAGAAUGAUCCGAACAAACACAACGUAGCCUCACCUCCCUUGCACAAUUUUAUUUUUCUCUCAAAGUUUAAGAUGCCAGAUUACCUCACGGAUGACUAUGAUGGCAGAGGUGAUGAUAAGGACUAUAAAAAGUUUGCUAGUCUGGAAGGUCUACAUAAUCCAUCGCAAUCACUCACCUACCCAUAUUCUAACAAAGAGCCGCUCAGACAGAGACAACUUCUCUCAGCGUACAUUGACAUUGUAGAUUCUCAGGAUCUUGGCACACUGGCCACCCGCACCAAGAGGUUUUCUAAAACCAAAGCCCUUCGCAGAGCCGCAUUUUCUGACAUCACAAAGCCUCCCCUGGCACACCCUAUGGAAGAUUCUAUGGACAAUGAUGUAGAAGACGUUAUAGAUAGUAGCGAAUACGGUAAUCUUGUUGGCUGGAGCGACGAACUUGAUGGUGUAGCAAGCGGAGACUCAGAAAUGGAUAACUUUUCACCAGAUUCUGGGAACAUAAAAAAGGUUCUAGACAAACUAUACGUAAAGGGUAGAAAGAAACGCGGAUUUGCCAUGGUCUACUUGGAGCCUGGUAUUGGUCACAUUAUAAUCAAUAACAGGGAUGGUUACCAGUACCUUCACUACAACAAAUUCUGGAUCCGGAAUAUCAUGGAGCCUCUAACCACCCUGUACUUGGAUAGGAAGUUCAACAUUGUCGCACAAGUCAGGGGAGGUGGACUUUCCGGUCAGAGUGUAGCAAUCAGACACGCGGUGGUAAAGUACAUUUACACAAUUCUAGCGCCGAAACUAAAGCCUUUUCUAAGAAUCUGCGACCUUGUCACACCAGAUAUUAGGAGGACUGAACGUAAAAAGACCAACUUGAGGAAGGCCAGGAAGAAGGAAAAGUACAGCAAACGUUAA